GCACCCACGGGAGACGCCGGCGGUGGGAGGGAAGGAACCGGGGGAGGGCAGCCCCUCUCUGCCAGGGGGUCCCGGUUGUUUUGCUUCAUGCCCACCCGGCCAUGCCCGGUUCCGCUCCCGGCCCGCUGCCAUGUUCCUCUGAGUGAGUCCCUCGGUACCGUCGGGGCGCAGCCGGCCGGGCCCUGAGCAGCCAUCGCCGAGGCCGGAACAUGUAUCAGGGUCUGGCCCUCGCCCCCAACCAUGGCCAGUCGGCUUAUUCCCACGACUCCAGCAACUUCCUCCACUCUUCGGCCGGCUCGCCCGUGUACGUGCCCACCACCCGGGUGCCAUCCGUCCUCCAGACGCUGCCCUACCUGCAAGGCUGCGAACCGCACCAGAGCCACCUCGCCAACCCCCCGGGCUGGGGACAGAGCGGCGGCGAGGCCGCUGCUUUCAACGCCGGCAGCCCCCACCCGCCCUCGGGUUUCUCCUACUCCCACAGCCCGCCGGGCAGCAGCCCCCCGGGCCGCGACGGUGCCUACCAGGGGCCCCUGCUGCUGGGCGGCGGGGGCCGGGAGCAGUACGGCAACGCUUUGGUGCGCUCCGUUAACGGGUCCUACUCCAGCCCCUACCCCGCCUACGUGACCCCCGAAAUUCCGCCUUCCUGGACGGCCGGACACUUUGAGAGCAGCGUGCUGCACAGCCUGCAGACGAGGCAGGCGGCUUUACCCGGCCGCAGGUCCACCUUCGAAUACCUGGAGGAAUUCCCCGGGGACGGCCGGGAGUGCGUGAACUGCGGGGCCAUGUCCACCCCGCUCUGGAGGAAGGACGGCACCGGGCAUUACCUGUGCAACGCCUGCGGGCUCUACCACAAAAUGAACGGCAUCAACCGGCCCCUGAAACCGCAGAAGAGGCUGUCUUCAUCUAGACGUGCUGGCCUAUGUUGCACUAAUUGCCACACCACCAACACCACCCUCUGGAGAAGGAACGCUGAAGGGGAGCCCGUCUGCAACGCCUGCGGGUUGUACAUGAAGCUCCAUGGGGUACCACGACCUCUGGCCAUGAAAAAGGAAAGUAUCCAGACGAGGAAAAGGAAGCCUAAAAACAUUACCAAAGGCAAAACCUCAACAGGGUCUACAACCUCAGCCACUAACUCCCCCUCUUCCAUUACCAACUCCGACAGCACGGUCACUUUAAAGUCAGAGCCCAGUGCCACCUCUCAGUAUCCUGGACAAACCAUCGUGUCAGUGUCCCAGGCACAGAGCCAGUCAGAGGAGGGGAUGGCCGGUGGCCACGGCGAGUUCAAAUUCGAGCCCGAGGACUACAGCUUCUCCCCCAGUAGCAUGGCCCCGCAACCCGGGCUGAGUGUGCCCCUCCGGCAGGACUCCUGGUGUGCCCUGGCCCUCGCCUAAAAACCCCUAAACCUCCAGAAAAAAACAAAAAAAAGCAAAAAAAAAAACCCAAAAAAGCAAAAAAAUAAAAAUAAAAAAAAAAAGCCUGGGGACCAAGGUUUUCGGCCGGCCCCGCAAAGGGGCGAUGGAGGAGGAGGAGCCCCGGGCGCUUCGGGACUGCGGGGCGGAGAGCGCGGCCGGAGGAUGGGUUUGUCCCGAAGGAUGGGUUUGUCCCGGAGGAUGGGUUUGUCCCAAAGGAUGCGAGUGGGAAAAGAUGUCUGGGGACAGGCUGGCCCUGCUGUGGCACUGCCUCCCCCCCCAAAAAAAAACCUCAUCCUCGGCUGGAGUCAGCCAGGGUUGCCUUGCCGAGGUUGCUGGGUUGCCUCUGUUUUUCCCUGGGAAAGCCUUCUUCCUUUGAGAUGAAACCAGCAAAUAAAUGCAUCCCAGAAUCUUAUGUUUAUUCGCAGUGAUUUCUCCCUCCUAUGACUCCUCUGUGUGCAAUUUCUUCCACUUUCCAAUAAAGACUGUAAUAACGUGGCACCAAA